AAUGAUCUGGCUCUACGUUCUUAUUCUUUGCAGAGCAGCGUUGGCAAAGUCCCGAAGAGAAUAAAGGUCUAAACCUGUUUCAAGGAGACUUGAAACUAUCACCUGGUCAAGUAGUGGCCUUGAGAUCAGGACCUAACUCAAGGGGUGCAGGAACUGAAAGAAAAUGGAUAAAAGGCAUCAUUCCGUUUACCAUUGAUAAGAGCCUUAGAAAAAGUGGAGGCAUGCGAGCGUUUUGGCAAGGAAAAAAAGACUGGGAGGACAGAACCUGUAUCAGGCUCAGAAGAAAAGGGAAAAAAGAUAAAGACUAUGUGAACUUUAUAAAAGGUGAUGGUUGUUGGUCGUAUGUUGGGAGAAGGGGAGGCAAGCAAGACCUCAGCCUUGGUCAAGGAUGUUGGAUAAAGGGAAUAGUUUCUCAUGAGAUUGGUCACGCUGUGGGCUUCUGGCAUGAGCAGUCUCGACCAAACAGAGAUAAAUUUGUUCAAAUUUUGUGGAAAAAUAUCGAAAAAGGUAAGGCGAGCAACUUCAAGAUAAUCAAAAGCAUUAAGUCCCUCAACGUUCCCUAUGACUAUGGAAGCGUGAUGCAUUAUGGAGAAAAGUUUUUCUCCAAGAACGGAAAACCUACCAUCAAACCUAAGAAGAAAGGGUCGAAAAUUGGCCAAAGGAGAGGUCUUAGCAAACUUGAUGUGAAGCAAGCCAAUAAGCUCUACAGCGGAGAGUGUAAAAAAAGUGGAUAAUACAAGAUGAAUGAACAAAAAAGGAAACAGAGGAUCUCCUACCUGGAAGUAAACCGCUUGACUUUUGUAGAAUAGAGUGAAACAAAUGGAUGGGAGAAUAAAGAUUGUAAAAGCA